UCAUUCACACAACACAUUAGUAGAUGAUACCAACAUACUCAACAGCGCACGCUUGAUCGAGCUCUCCAGCAGCUUCUACUUUACUCUCUCUUGCUUGCGGUCUUCGCUUUCCCCAAGUUCCAUCAACAGCCGCGUGUCAAUCACCAGUUUACAGUCUCUACUUCCAUAAACAAUGGCAGGUUCAGCAUUGGCACAAGAGAAAGUUUGGCUCGACAAAUCAUCCUAUGAUAAAGCUGAGUGCAUUUAUCAAGAGAAAUUAGCCAAGGUGCAGCCAAGCAAGAUUGUGGAUGAUAUUAGUACUACUUAUAAACCCACACCAAUCGAAAUUCAAGCAACAAUGAUUUCUAACUCUGUGCCAAAAACUAAAUCCAAAAAAACUAAAGAUAACAAAUUAAUUGCACAAGAAAAUGUUACUUCUGAAACAACCAAAAAUUCUAAAAAUUUAAAGAAAAACAGUAAGAAAAAGGAAGAAAAUGUUUCAGAGUGUAAUAAAAAUUAUGAAAUUGCUAACAAUGUUAAUAUAAAGAGUGAGGAUUCUAACAUUAGUAUUGAAACCAUAAGCAAUAAAAAGUCAAAAAAUAAAGAAGCCAAAGAAAAAAAGCCUAAAGGCGAAAAAAAAAUUAGAAAUUUAGAAGAGAAAAAUGUAAUUGAAGACAACAAAGAACAAUUAAAUAAUCAGGGAAGUCAACCGUCCGUUUGCUCGAUCUCUCCUGCUGGUGGAAGUUUAGCAGACGAGGUCGCCAAGGCUCGCCAACAUAUUAAACAAUCUUUACAGUGUAUGGACGGAAUUGCUGCGUUAGCUGGUAUCUCUGACAAAGAUGUUGUAUCACGGCUCGUAGCGCUAGAAAAGGAAAAUCAAGAACUCCGAAAUAUCGUUCAAGAACUUAAAAGCACAAUCUCAAAAUUGGACAACCGCGUAAAAACAUUGGAAGGACAAUCAGGCCAAGCACCAAAGAGUUCAGCUCCAGCUCCAGUAGCUCCAGCCAAACCAGCUAAGAAAGAAGAAGAAGAAGAUGAAGAUGUAGAUCUGUUUGGCUCAGACUCUGAGGGCGAAGAUGCGGAAGCAGCAAAGAUCAGGGAAGAAAGACUAGCGGCUUAUGCAGCCAAAAAAUCGAAGAAACCCGCACUUAUUGCUAAGUCUAACAUCAUUUUGGAUAUCAAGCCAUGGGAUGAUGAAACCGACAUGAAAGCUAUGGAAGCAGAAGUACGAAAAAUUAAAGCAGAUGGUCUUCUGUGGGGAGCAGCUAAAUUGGCGCCGGUAGCAUAUAAUAUCCAAAAGCUGCAGAUCUCUUGUGUCGUAGAGGACGAUAAAGUUUCUAUAGAUUGGUUGACUGAGCAAAUUCAAGAAAUAGAUUUUUACGUCCAAAGUGUCGAUAUUGCCGCUUUCAAUAAAAUCUAAAGAAUGUUUGUUUAACUCAAUUUUAAAAAUACAACUAAAAAUAAGUCUUGUUCAAAAUGGACAAUGGAUGGAUAUUGUGCCAUUAUUUUGUUGUUUCAUUCCACUAGCAAUACCAAAACUACUGCAAAUAUAUUAUUUACAUGACUUUUACAAAUAUUUUUAAAAAAUAAGAACCUAUUUGUUGGAAAACGUGUAUGGCAUGCUGUGUAUUAACUAUAUAGGGUAUAGUUGAUGCAUCUCAAUACUUUUCUAUUUCUUGAAUAUUGUUUACUGUUUAUUGUAUGUAUGAGUUUCAAAAGCGUUUUAAAUUUUAACAUCAUAUGUCAUUAUCCAUGCACAAAUUAUUUCAAGCUCAUUUGAUUCAAAUGAUUUGUUGCUUUAUGAAAAAAGCUUUAAAGUUUGUAUGUAUAGUUUGCUAUCAAAAAGAAAAUAAAAAACAAUUUCAUU